UUCUGUGUACGUCAGCACAAACAUGGCGGCGGUGACAGCUCAGAGCAUCAACACAAACAUAAACAUGCCCGAGGAGCGCGCCGGGGACAGCACCGAGGAGGAGCCCGGGGACCAGAGCCCGGACCGCGGCCCGGACUCUCCCCGGAGCCCGGAGCCGAACCUGGAGCUGCUGCGGAGCGCUCUGCCCGACCUGAAGUCCCUGAGCCGGGCGGGAGAGCUGCUGGAGCGGCUGCAGAGGGAGACCGAGGCGCUGGAGGAGCAGGUUCGGAGGGAGCCGGACGGUUUUCCUCCACGAGUGUCGUCAGCGCUCAGAACCGCGGAAAACGUCUCGGAAAAAACCCAAGAGCUGCUCAAGAGAGAGGAGCAGGUGUCUGAAGAACUCAACCAGCACCUGGAGAAAGCCCGCCCCUGUAUGGAGAGUUUUGGACACGCGUUUCAUCAAGUGGACAUUAUCGAAAGACAUAUUAAAUAUCUGCAGUGUCUCCAGCGAAUAGAAGAACUGAGCUCUUCGGUGCAGCAGUGCCUCAUGACUAACUCUGUGUGGGAGGCCGUCUCUGCCGUGGACAAAAUGGCCGCCCUGGUUGUUGUUCUGAGGGAGUCCAGGUGCUCCCACCUCCAGAACUUCCUCCAGCAAACGCUCCGGUUCUGGCACAAAAUCCUCAAAGAUCGUCUCACCAGUGAUUUUGAGGAGGUCUUGGCGACUCUUCAUUGGCCGAUUCUUUCUCCUCCGACGCAGACGCUCUCUCCUCCUCCAAACGCUCAGGACGUCUCCUCUCAGCUCGAGGCUCUGGUCUCUCAGCUCCUCGCUCUGCAGAACUCGGAUGACAUUAUUUCCCAGAGUUCCACGGGGCGUAAACAGGAAGUGUGCCUCCCGGUGCAGAUCAUGCUGCUGCCGCUCACCAAAAGAUUCAAGUUCCACUUCUACGGAAACAGGCAAACCAACUGUCUGAGCAAGCCCGAGUGGUACCUGACCCAGGUUCUGGUGUGGAUCAAUUACAGCUCUGAGUUUCUGGACGAAAAGAUCCAACCCAUCCUGGACCGAGCCAGAGCCGGGGUCAGCGCCAAGGUGGACUUUUGCCGUGGUCUCCUGUCUCUGGUGCAGUUGAAGGUCCAGAACGACGCGUCCCGGCUGCUGUACGAGGACACUCUCUUCUGCCACCUGGUGGAGGAGGUGCUGCACUUCGAGAAGGAGCUCCGCAGUCAGCCGCUGCUCCCUUCAUCUGUGCCCGGCCUCCUCCACCUGCUCCUGGAGGAGAACCUGCUCCAGAAGUGGCUCUCCAUGGAGAAGAAGAUGGCGUUGGAGAAGGUGGACUCCAUGUUGUCAUCUGAAGGAGCCUGGACGUCUCAGUACAAAGACAUCAGCGACGUGGACGAACUCAAAGCUCCAGACUGUGCCGAGACCUUCAUGACCCUCCUACAGGUCAUCACAGACCGUUACCGUGGGUUACCGUGCGCCGCGUCUCAGCUGAAGUUCCUGGAGCUGCAGAGGGAGCUGGUGGACGACUUCCGCAUUCGACUCACUCAGGUGAUGAAGGAGGAGUCCCGGGCGCCGCUGGGAGCUCGUUACUGCGCCAUCCUCAACGCCGUCAACUACAUCUCCACCAUCCUCUCGGACUGGGAGGACAACGUGUUCUUCUUGCAGCUGCAGCAGGCCGCCGUGUCCCUGGGGGAGGAGAGCAUCGUGGGGUCCCUGGGGGUCACAGAGCUGGGCCGUUUGGCGUCUCUGGAGACCUCACUGUUCCAGGGGCUGCUGGGGCUUUUGGACCGGCUCAGAGCGGACAUGACGGGACGCCUCCUGGACACCAUCAUGAGGGAGGUGUCCGACAAAGCGCGACCCUACUGCCACGACCGGUGGCUGUCUCUGGCGUCUCCGCAGGACCAAACCGUCAUGUCCCUGUCCACCUCCGCAUGUCCCAUGAUGCUUUGCGUGAGGGACCGCCUCCUGCAGAUGCACACGGCCCUAAGUCUGCCCCUGUUCCAGAUCACAUGGCAGGGCCUCGCCGAGCGGCUGGACGGCUUCAUCUACCAGGAGGUGAUUCUGGCCAAUCACUUCAGUGAAGGGGGAGCGGCUCAGCUUCAGUUUGACAUGAGCAGGAACCUGUUUCCUCUGUUUGGACAUUACUGCAAACGGCCCGAGAACUUCUUCAAACAUGUGAAGGAGGCGUGUGUGCUCCUCACUCUCAGCCUGGGCUCGGCCCUCCUGCUCCGAGACCUGAUCCAGGACUCGGACCUGAACCGGGAUCUAAACCAGGACUCUGGACUCCAGGGACCCGCGGGAGUCGAACCCUCGCCUCAGGCUGCGCUGAACGAGCUGGGGGUGUACUGUCUGUCCCCCAAAGACGUCCUCAUCCUCCUGAACCUCCGAGCAGCGCGGCCCGGACAGUGAAAACACACUCCCCUCUCCAUCCCUGCUCACACACACGCAGCCCGGGAAUGUGCCGGACUCCAAACACUCGGCAUUUCGUUUGUGGGCAGGGCUAGCGUUCCAUGUCCAUCAAAGCUAGCUAACUGCUGCCUCAUCUGUCCACGCCCCCUCGCCUGCCCACGCCCCCUCAUCUGUCCACGCCCCCACACCCCCUCGCCUGUCCACGCCCCCACACCCCCUCGCCUGUCCACGCCCCCUCGCCUGCCUGCCUAAAUGACCUCUGAGCUUUUAUUUUGAAGGCGGUGGUCUUUAUAAACGACCUCUGAGCUUUUAUUUUGAAGGCGGCGGUCUUUAUAAAUGACCUCUGAGCUUUUAUUUUGAAGGUGGUGGUCUUUAUAAAUGACCUCUGAGCUUUUAUUUUGAAGGCGGUGGUCUUUAUAAAUGACCUCUGAGCUUUUAUUUUGAAGGCGGUGGUCUUUAUAAAUGAUCUUUGUAAUAAACAAAGAAUAAAAGCUCAAAGUGUUUUCUCCAAGUUCAAAAGUGAAAUGAGGGAAUAUCUCCUUAAUACGAACGCCAUUGCUGCUCUGUGAUUGGUCUGCCAGCGAGUGGGCGGAGCUUAUCGCGCCAGCAUUUUCCAGAAUCACAAAACAACAAAUCAAAACAUAAAUAAUCACCAUAAAAUUAACUUUAAAGGAGAAGAAGCAGAAUUAAACCCUCUCUCUGAACAGAACCGAGUGGAGCCUGGGAGUUUAUAUUUAAAUCUGAGUCCGUGUCGUUUGGUUUGAAAACUCUUUAAUCAAACGAGCUCCUUCAGUGUAAAAGGGUUUAUAUGAUGAGCUGUUUGUGACAUGCAGUACCUGCGGUGUCCACCAGGGGUCACUCUGUUAAAACUGUCCUACUGUUAAAAUGUAUAAAUGUAUAAAUAAAUAAUUAUGGAAAAGGUG